AUGUAUAGACAAAUGUCAGUUGAAGUAAAGGUAGUUGUUUAUCAAAAUGGUCUGGAACAAGCCUUUCUAAACUUUGAUGGUACUGGAACAGAUAAGACAAACUGGUUUAGUCAAGAGGGGCUACUAAACAGUCCAUAUUAUGAUAUUAAGACUGCGAGCUCCUCUAUCAACGGUUAUCAUUUUGCCAUUGAAGGCUAUUCCCAUCACCGCAGACGCUUCUUUGUGAGUAAAUUAUUUAGAGAAUGUCCAGGAGAUUUAGGUUGGUUGCUUGUUUAUGAAGGCAGUGACGGCGUAUGUAACUACGAACAAGAAAAUACACUAACGAUACUUUAUAGUCCAGUCAACAGAUCAAUGACGUUUGAAAAGAUGUUCCAAAACGGAUACAGAGCAGAUACGUUGGGAAUGUUUGUCACAUUCAAAGCAUCGACAUGCCAGCCGUUAGCACACCAAGCUGAUAUUUGUUCCACCCCUGUGCACUUAGCAUCUUCCAGUUAUUGCUACCAACUAUGUAAUAAAUCAUUACCAGAGACCAACUUGCGCGGACAAAUUCAGAAACCGGAGAAAGUGCUUAAAGUAGAUAGGAAGGCUACUAGUAAAUACAGACGCUCAAUAACCAGUGCCCCUGACGACAGGUUUUCAUCAAAGACCAUGGGUCUAGUUGGAGCACUGUGCAUUGCGCUCGUAGUUGGAUUUAUCGUAACAAUCGACUGUGUCAACAUUUGUCAGAAAUGUUCAAAGACAAAUAAGGUGACAACAGUGAAGGAAGAUCGCACUUACGAGGUGAAAAGAGGAAUUCCACUAAAAGAAAAGGGCAUGAACAAGGACGUAUGAAUUCGGUUAGAAACCUCCUGGAAAUUGCUGAAAAUGAUUCAAACAAUAUUAACAUGAAACUGAUUGAAUAUAACAUCACCCUUAAUAUAGACUAUUUGAUACUCAGUAACUAAAAAAAUUCAUCAAUCUCCUAAGAACAAAGAUCUUGGUUUCUUAAUGUUUACCAGUGUCCAUCUCAAUUUGCAUACAGAUAUAUUGCAGCAAUAAGAAAGACAACAUAGCUAGAAUAUUGAACAUUAAAAUCUUACAGAUGUAAUAGUAUUGAUGACAAACCCAGCUGAGUAAUAAACAAUUUUCUUUGGAUUUAUAUAGAGAUUGAAACUCAAAACGUCUAAAGAGAACAACAGAGGACUCGUAUGUAUGCAUUGAUAAUGUAUAUUUUUGUUUUAUUUACAGCUA